AUGUACACCACAGAUGUUGUUAAUCUUUUUCUUUCUGCUAAUAACAGCAAAACCAUGUCAAAGGAUUUGCCAUAUGAAGUGAGAAGGGCUCAAGAAAUAAAUCAUUUAUUUGGCCCAAAAGACAAUGAAGAUUCCUAUGACGUUAUUUUUGACCUUCACAACACUACUUCUAACAUGGGAUGCACUCUUAUUCUUGAAGAUUCCAGGAACGACUUUUUAAUUCAGAUGUUUCAUUAUAUUAAGACUUCUUUGGCUCCAUUGCCCUGCUAUGUUUAUCUUAUUGAACAUCCUUCCCUCAAAUAUGCAACCACUCGUUCUAUAGCCAAGUAUCCUGUUGGUAUAGAAGUUGGUCCCCAGCCUCAAGGGGUUCUGAGAGCUGAUAUUUUGGAUCAAAUGAGAAAAAUGAUUAAACACGCUCUUGAUUUUAUACAGAAUUUCAAUGAAGGAGAAGAAUUUCCUCCCUGUGCUAUUGAAGUCUAUAAAAUAAUGGAGAAAGUUGAUUAUCCCAGGAAUGAAAAUGGAGAUAUUGCUGCUAUUAUCCACCCUAAUCUGCAGGAUCAAGACUGGAAACCGCUGCACCCUGGGGAUCCUGUGUUUUUAACUCUUGAUGGACAGAUUAUUCCACUGGGCGGAGACGGUACUGUGUACCCGGUGUUUGUAAAUGAGGCCGCGUAUUAUGAAAAGAGAGAAGCUUUCGCAAAGACAACCAAACUAACACUCAACGCAGAAAGUAUUCGCUCCUCUUUACAUUAGGAAUCCCUUCUAGCUCGCCGGUUGUACAG